CGUUACUCAGCCGGUUCCACAGAAAACUAUAGAAAGAAGCGAUAGGUUUAUUUACUUCUCAUUUUUUUCCGCUUAAAUGUAAGCUAAACCUCUUAGCCACAAACUUAGACCGUUUAGUUUAACAAAUAAAUCCGAUUCAAUGGGGUUUCAGUGAGAAAUGUCAUAGUUGUAAAACUUUUUUUUAGUAUUACACACGCCUCUAUAUAAGGAGCAGUUUACCAGCACUCCUCUUGUCCUGCACAGGGGCGCAGCCAUGGCAGGCAAAGGCCGUGGGAUUGCUGCGUUCACGUUCAACAUUGAUGCUCUGGGCAUCGGCAGAGGCAACAUGCCAGAAGCCAGGGUGGGGCCCAGUCCUCUGUUUCCAAGUAUUGAGUUUAAACCGGUUCCACUCAAAGGAGGGGAAGAGGAAGACUACAUGCUGGCACUGAAACAGGAACUGAGAGGAGCAAUGCAGAGACUACCGCACAACAUUAAAGCUCGCUCCAACACAACAGAGGUGGAGAAAUACACAGAAAGAUACUUGAAGCAAUCAGAGCUGAACAGUGAGGACUGGACUCCAGACUGGAACCUCUUUCCAAAAGAACUGAUGCCUCAAAGUAAAAAGCGCAGAAUCAAAAAAGGCACCACGACUAAAACUGUGAAGAAGUUAAAGGAAGAUAAAGCAAACCUGCUGAGUAAACUGGAUGAACUGGCCAAGAAAGAUGAAAAUCCUGAGAAGUCCGAUGAUGAAACUGAGAAGAAAGCAGAAGAGGAUGAAGAGAUUGUCGAGGAGGAAAUCGAUGAAGAAGACAUCGAGGAGGAAAACGACUACAUUGAAAGCUAUUUUGACAACGGCGAAGAUUUUGCUCCUGACAGCGACGAUAACAUGGAUGGGGAAGCAACCUACUGAAGCGCACACUGCAUUACUUUCAGUUAUUAAGUGAUGGCUGUUUAGGUUAAAAGAACUAUUAAGUAUCCUAAUUUGUCAUUUUGUUAUUAUUUAAAUAUAUUGUAUUUGAAGCAUAAAUGUGUGCAGACUUUAAAAAAUAAAUUAUUCAAAAUAGAUAUUUAUUAAGCCUGUUGUACAUCUCCCAUUCGAAAGGCACAGUCACACAAAACUAUAUACUGUCACAGGAUAGCAACUGAACAAUAAAUGGAAUACAAAGUUUAGGUAAUUCAUAUGGAAACAUUGCAUAUUACUAAAAAUAUUGAUUGAGGCAGCUUUACCACAGUUUGAAGUACAGCCAGAUUCAGGACACUGGGAUUAAACAAGAUUUAAUUGCAAAUUUAAUACUGGUAGUAUCAGUGAAGCUCAAUCUUGACAUUAGUUUAAAACUUGCUCAUACUUGAACAACAUAAUAUUUCACAUGUGUGCACAAAGGAAAACAUUGAGAUUUAUUCCAGAUAAGACCGUUCAUUCUCUGAUCCUUUCAGGUUUGAAAAAAAAA